ACCCAUUCACUGCAGAGGGGGUUCUUAUCCAUGUACCAGGAGUCAGAUGUUCAUUGUAGCAGAAUUGCAGUGCACUGGACUGUAUAGAACUGUGUAGCACACACUGUCUUUGAGGGGUGGGGUUCAGCUACACUAAAAUCACUAACACAGGCAGAUAGAGGGUGAGAGAGCGAGGGAGAGAGCCAAGAGGAGGGAGAGGAAGCACCUGAAGAGGAAGACAACAAGGGAUGAAAGGAGACACCCCAGUGAACAGCACCAUGAGUGUCGGCCAAGCCAGGAAACUGGUAGAGCAAUUGAAGAUUGAAGCCAGUUUUUGCAGGAUCAAGGUAUCAAAGGCGGCAGCAGACCUGAUGGCAUACUGUGAUGCCCACGCCAUUGAGGAUCCCCUCAUCACCCCUGUUCCCACCUCAGAGAACCCAUUCAGAGAGAAGAAAUUCUUCUGUGCCCUCCUUUGAGACAGACCACAGGAUAGUUGUGAAAACCAGUGUCCAGAUAGAACAUAAUGUAUGUACAUUUAUCACCACAUAUACACAUACAGAACCAUGCUAAAUAUAACAUUUCAAUGGAGCCUCAUAUAUCUUUCUCUUAUAAAAGGCUGCAGAUGUACAUAUUCUCCUAAGUAGAAUAUCAAGGCCAAUUGGCAUCCUUUUUGGAAAAAUUGGAUAUCUUAAUUUUUGACCAAAAUUUACAUUUAGUUUACAUAAAAAAAGAUGUAAACACCACAUAAUCGUUAACUUAUAUAUGCAGUCAUGAUAGUAUUUGGAGGUAUUUAAAACAAAUACAUAUCUAAACACACCAACAAAGCUAAAAGAAUAAUGAAUUGUAGCAAAAAAUGUGGAUAAAAAUACAACAUGUGAACUGCUCAUAGUCAUAAAUAAUUUAUAAUAUGAACUUAACAGGCAAAUGGGUGUUGGAGAGGGGUGGCGACUACACAAACAUUGUAAUUAAAAAAGUGACAUAAAGUUGCCAUACAUUGUAAUUAACUUUUAAUACACACUUUAUGCUAAAUAUGAA